AUGGAGCAGCAGCGUGGGAAAACUGUCAUCAACCUCCCAAAUGGAAAGGUGGUCGGCUUUGUCGUUGUGGAUGAUGCUCCUGCCAUGCCAUGGCCUGCUGUGCCUGUACCUGUGCAAGAUGUGCCUGUGCCAGCUGCUGCUGCGGUCGAUCUUGACGACAGCCACACUACCCUUGGAGACGACAGCGACGAAUUGGCAGAGAUCCGAAACUUGGCCAAUCCUCCCUCUCGCCCUCGAUUCACUCGUCGCACCAACCGCAACCGCCGCACUUGCAACCAGAACCUUGAUGACUCUGAUGACUCUGACACCCUCCUUGACGUCUCUGGAUGGGGACUCACUCAAGAGAUGUAG